CGGAAGGCCGCCUAAAACCUCACGAAAUCGACCAAGCAGCGGGUAGCAUGUGGUGGUGUGGCUGGCGGGGGCAGUGAGGGCGGCGAGGCAGUGCACGCUCCACCACCACCAUGCUCUGAGACCCACGCUGCCGACCGUCUUCUGUUUACGAAGCGCGAUGUAAACAAAAAUCGCUGUGCGUCCUCCUCAUCUUUUCUCUUCCCAUCUUCAUCUACCUCAUGUUACAGCUCGCGGCGUAGUUGACCAGUCAUGUCUGGGGUGGUGGCGGUGCAUGUAGGAGCUGGAAGUCACUCCUCUUCCCUCAAAGGAGAAUACAAAAAAUUAAUGAAGAAUGCAUGUAAUCAGGCUAUGGAAGUCCUGCGAGGGGGAGGGAAUGCAGUGGAUGCGGUGUGCACCGCUACACAGGUCUUGGAGGACUCACCGCGCACCAAUGCUGGGUUUGGAUCCUCCCUGACAGCUGAAGGCGGUGUGGAGUGUGAUGCCAGUGUGAUGGAUGGACACACCCUGCGGCAUGGAGCGGUGGGGGCGGUGCCGGGUGUGAGGAAUCCAGUGUUGUUGGCGCGGCAGAUCUUGGAUGCCCAGUCCCAGCCUCUCCCUGGUGGUCUUGUCCCCCCAAGCUUCCUGGCGGGGCCUGGGGCACAGAUGUGGGCGGCCUCAAACAACGUGGAGACGUGUCAGCCUGAGGAGCUGGUGGCAGAUCGGUCUCGGCGCAUCCAUGAGGAGAGCAGAAGGAACAUACAGAGGCUAGAGGAGGGAGGAACCAAGAGGAGGAGAUAUGCACUGCCAGAAGAGGAAGAGGAAAUGCAGGGUGGUUUGUUGGACACAGUGGGAGCAGUGUGUGUGGACAGCUCGGGCUAUGUGGCGAGCGCGGUGUCCAGCGGAGGACUGUUGCUGAAACACACAGGGCGAGUGGGUCAGGCGGCGGUGUAUGGCUGUGGCUGCUGGGCUGAGAACAACUGUGAUGGCAGUGGUGUCAGCAUAGGGGUAAGCACUACAGGCUGCGGGGAACACCUCAUCCGCACUAUGUUUGCACGCCUAUGUGCCCGUGCCGCCAUCUCACCAGAACUGGGCAGCAACAUCACCCAUGCCGUCACUACCCAUUUCCUAGAGAGUGAUUUUUUGGAGGGUGUUCAUCCCAGAAUGGCUGGAGCGUUGAUCCUACGCUAUGAUCCCCAGUCUGCUGUGAGUGACCUGUACUGGCUGCAUACCACCCGCACCAUGGGAGUGUGCUACAUGACCACCAACGACCGCAAGCCACAGGCACAAUUUUCAGAACUUGCAGAAGACAAGAUCGGCAUGUCGGUUAAUCUUCAGUGCAAGUCGUUCGGAGGACACUUGCCCAUUACCACCUCAAGGGAGCUGCAGCCAGGGCCUUCCCACCGGGGUUUGUUGGUUCCAGGUGAGGAGGAAGAGGAGAGGGAGAAAAGUGAUUCCAGUGAUGAAGAAGAGGAGCCAGGAUAACAGAGUCUUUGUAAGGUGGGAGAAAGGAGUUCAGUUCAGAAACACACAGCAUCAAGGGGCCUCAUCCCAUUUAUCUACAAGGUAUUACCACAAUAUUGUUGUUUCAAGUCAGGAGGGUUGCUGCUCAGUCACCUGUCAAUAUGGAGGUGUCAGUGACCCUGUCUCAUAUUCAGGCUGGUUAUCAAGGACUUUCUUCCACUUAACAUUCCCAUUGUCAUUGGAAGUAUGGUUGACUACAGAAUUAUGGUUUGAUCUGAUCAGUUGUCACAAAAGAUAAGACAGACAGCUAAAGUGAAUAUGUAAUGUGUUUGCUUCUGAAAUUGAAGUUUUGUGUGUUCUUCCUGACUCUUGUACAAGGCCAUUUCUGUGGAUUGAACCUUCUGGCUCUUCAGGGUACAUAGUGCCACAAGGUUGGCAUCAAGGAACAUUAAUGUAUCUUAGGAUUAAGGCUCAUCACAACUGUCACUGCCAAAUGUGCACAGCCACUUACCAGUAUUUUCUCAGCAUUUCCAUAGCAACACUAAUUUUCUGGAGAGUGCAUUACUAGCCUGUGGUAUCUGAGGGCAGACUACCAGGCAGGCAACCAUGGGACCACAGAGCUGCCCACCGAUACACUCAGUUAUGGUGUGGUGGGUGAUGGUCAAUGCUUCCCAGGAAACAUGUCUUGGCUGAGUAGGACCUUAGGAGCCUUACUGUAGGAAGUCCAUCAGCACAAGUUCAUGUUGAAGGAUUGUCUGCCAUUGUUGUGUCUCACUCAAGUACCACAGGCACCUCAACUGCCACACAGGAACCAAACACUACCUCAGUUGUGCCACCAACCAACAGUCCCUCGCUGCCCUUCCCUCACCCAGCCACACGUGCAUACUAAGCAUCUAGUAAUGCUGGAAACUUGCCUGCAGCAUUGCUUGUAUAUACUCUGUACAGCCAGUCAAUCAGCUUGUACAGGCUAGUAUUAGCCUGCAAGUUGAUGUAUAAGACUUUUAUGCAACACCCUAGGCAGCUAUUGAGGAAGGGUGAGUGGAGAUCACCGAGGGUCUGAUCUGCUCAGGGUGGGCUAGCUACAGUGUAUGAUAUAACCUCUUGCUCAUGCUGCUUUGACUUGUGCUCUUAUUACUCCUAAGUGAAAACCUAUUUUCAAGGUCUUCAUCAUGCAGAGAUUUUGUCUAUACCUCUCAGUGUUUUCUUGAGAAAUAGUUUUGUCUUGCAGACAAGAGACAAAGGUAACCAUUAUGGCAGCUGCCUCACCACAGGACUGUUAGUGUUCCUGGUGCUUGGUACUGCUACAUGUUAUUGCUUCCCAUUAGCAAUUAACUAAUAAUAGUCAUAGAUUUGUAUACAUUCCAUGGGUUGCUGAUGCAGACUCGUUACUUGGUAUUUUGUUGGUAUGUCAGUGUGCGUGGCCGUGCAUCAGCAGCCCCUCAGCAGCAUCCGUGUAUUGUUCCUCCUAGUCUUGCUCACCCUGAGUCCCACCAAGUGCCUGACAAACCACUUUACCUCAAAAAUUUCCAUAGUAACUCAUUCCAGUGGACCCAUAUCAGGAGUUUUGUUGUGCCCUUACCUUACCAAGGGUGGAGAGGAGAGGGGUCUUGCCACUUAGCUAUGUUAUGAGGCUACAUGUUCAGUGUUUUAAGUAGUGACAGACCCCUCCACCAAUCCACUCACCAUAGUCAGCCUCUGUCAGUUGUGGUUGGAAUUUUACAGUGCUUAUUCAGAGUACUUAAUUAUAUUUUGUAGGAAUGCUAACAGCCACUUCAUAACCGGCCGAGUGUAUCUGGUUGGAUGCACUUAUUCCAACCACUGUCUUUGCUCAUAGACAGGACCACAUGUACCUUGUUUGCCCUUCAACUUUUCUAUGUUCUCCUCCGUGGCUGUAGCUGUAAUAGUAGUUAGUGAUUGUAGACUUUCUGCUUAACUUUGUUAGUAAUAAGUUUAAAUUGGAUAAUUGGCCCCCAUCUUGUGCUUAAAUUUAGAUAUAAAAAGGUGUCUGAAAGUUCAAAACCUGUCAAACAAAGUCUGUUGAGGACUGUGUUUGGGUGUGUUGACACCUGCAUGGGGAGGUUCACUGCCAGCUUGCCUCACCUUCAGUCUUUGUUCAGAGGCAAUAUUUCCUUUUUGCUCACAGCUUUUGAGUACAAGAGUUUGGCAAAAAGGCUACAUAGUGUAUAUGAUUGAUUUUUGUGUUUUAAUGUCUCUUUCUUGAAAGAUUUGUCAAAAAAAGAGGCCUAAGGUAAAGUGGACUUCCCUCGUUUGUUUGUAAGUAGUAAUCAAAUAUGCCAUAUCACUCAGUAUUGCCAGCAGACCCCCCAGCCUCUGCCUGCCAUGCCACUUGUCCAGGAGUGAAUCAGGCAGUCCCACAACAACUUCCCUAAAGAGGUGUUGGUUACCAUUCUUUUCUCUUUGACAACAAAAUCAGUUCUUUUGUUUAUUGUACUGAGGUAUAUUUUGGAACGGCAAUAUCAUUACUAUGCAGCAGGUGAUAUCAGUUUUUUUUUGGAAGAUUAUGAUUACUUUUGCAAACAUAACUCGUAGUGAUUAAGCAGUAAAGAGCAGCAAUUCUGUAGUUGUUACAUUAAUGAUUUCAGUGCUCUUGUAAAUUUUCCCUUGUAACUCUUCUCUCACAGUAAGCAAUGCAUUAUUUUUUUGUACAGGGAAUCUGCAAAGUGUCAAUAAUGUUUGUGUGUACAUGAAGUACUUCCAGUCAUCCUCUUACCAGAAGCAAUUGCUGCCUAGCAGAGCUUGUUCAUGUUGUAGAUUCAAGAAUUUUGAAUGGUAAUAUACAUGCUCUUUAUAAUAGCCUAAGUAACAGAAGACUGGCUGCCUGCUGCUCUGGCUGGGGAUACACUGCUGCUGAGAACAGUGUAAACUACUCAACUUUUGGAGUUCCAAAAAUGUUAUAAGAAGCUGUCACCUUUUUCAUAAUUCACUGAUUUUUAUUAUCAUAUUUGCAUGUUUUUGUGAAGUUUGAUAGAUGAUACUUUGGCAAGUGAUGGUGCAUGGGCACAUCACUAAGACAGUGUUGUAACACACCAGGUGGGUCACUCACAUUUGCCCAGACCUUGAGUAGUUUUAUCUUUCUGUAAGAGCAUAGUUAAUUUAUAUUUCUUAGAUUUAAGUAAGCUCAUUUGUUGGUCAAAUAAUACUUUAGUAUUGUACCUUUAAUUAUUUACUAGACUCUUUUCUAAAAAGUAACAUGUUAGUUACUGUAAAUACUAUUUAUUGCAACUUCAGCAACAUUAAGCAGCCAGCCAGUCUUGAAGGGAACAGCAAGACCAGUGAUGGACAGUGUUUGACAAGGUCAGUCAUGUGACUCACGGCCGAUGCUCAGAUCACCGCACCUUUGUUCCUGGUGGUCACUGUUGUAGGUCCAAUUCCGGUGAGGGCGAGUCAAGAUUGCUGGCCUUCUGGUCCCUUCUGUAGAGGCUUUGUGGACCCACAUUGCUCAACCAUUGACCAAAUGAUUCCAUGCCAUGUUGUUGAAUCCACCUACCUCAAUCAGUCAGCAAUAGUAAUAGACUAUACCAGCUUAGAGGCACAGUUUCAUAUUGGAGACAUAAUAAUGGUAGUUUUAGUGUCAUGUUCUGUUAUGUCCAUAUGUCUGUAUGGUGUUACAUGAACUUACUUUCUGAUCUGAGUCAGAUCUUUUCUUUUGUGAGGUCAUCAUGCUUGUGAUUCUUUAAGACCAUAAGGUUUUGAAGUUCAGUCAUGUUUCAAGUUCAAACUAUAAUUUUAAUGUGACCGUGAGUUGUGUUUUGGGUGAGUGUUGUGAGAAUUGACAAGGGGGGGGGGGCACUAGGACUGACUACAAGCUUUUGCAUUGUGGCUAAGUCUUAUUUUGUUGCUGUAGACUCACAAGGACCCCAUAUCUGACUGGGUAAUAUGGUGUAUUACCUAAUCCUACCUACAUCUGUCAGUCUUGCAGAGCAGAGCAGUGCAGCUACACUUUAUUAUACCAGGUUAAGAAACACAGAAGAAAACAAUAACAUAAGCAUUAAAACAAAUUUCACUCACAAUUUACUUAGACAUAUUGCCUUUACUUUGAAAUCUUCUAGAAAUAAUGUGUAGAUCUAAAGGCACAUGGUAAUUGAUUUUCCUUAAAAUGCUGUAAAUUAGAUAUUAUUGGUUUUCUUUGGGUAAAAGCCAGCACAAAAUCAUGGUAAGGAUCAAUGAUAAAGAGAUAAAAUACUGCGACUCACUGAUCCUAUGAAGGUGCAUUGAGAAACUGACAUAGACAACAAAGUAAUGAAGUCACAUAGGAAUGAUGAGAUGAUUAUCCAACAUUAAAACUUCAUUACUCAUUGAUGGAAAUGGAACAAAUAUAUCACAUCUCAGUUCUCCAACAUAAAGGUGGUGUCACGCAGCGCAAACUUUUUCCAACACUGGGCAAAAUAAGUUAAGUUUUGCUGGAGUCUGCAAGCUCAUCACUAAUUAAUUGAGCUAGUGAGGGAUUAACUUUUGCUAUGGGAUCACCACCAUCAGUUAUUCAAGAAACCUCUGACAACAGUCGAGAAAGACAGCCUUCAUGCUGACUGUGGAUGCAAACACUGCCUCUUCUAGCACUUCUACGGUUUCAUUAUGUGCAAUGUAGCAGUACAAUGUCCCUGUACCUCAAUAUCCUUGAUUCAUGUGGCUAAAGAGAUGCUGGCUUGGGUUUGUAGAUUUUGGAAUGACAAGAUGUCAACACAGCAGUCUAGCCCCUUUGUAACAUCAAUCUUGUUGGGAUUGUGAUAUUACCAGUGAAAAUGGCCAACAUGUAGAGAGUAAUUUGCAUGGUGUGACACUGCCUUAUUUUCCAACGUUUAUGUUAGCACUGCUGCUCUGUAGCUGACAUACCUUGCUUCAAUCUGCUGAUUCACCCUGACCUAUACUCCAAGUACAAACUGACUGACACUGAACUGCAAAACAAGUACAGUAAACUCCCAUGUAAUUGGCAACCAUGGAGAUUUUGGUAUGCCCCAAAAAAAAUUGAACUUCCCUAUUGUUUAAAUAUUAAUCAAUGAAUGAUUGACAAAAAAAAAGUCACAUAAUUUAACCUUUCAACACCAGUAGCUAAUACUUGAUUUCCCAGCAAAUAAAUAAACUCUUGUUCUUCCAAGUUUAUGUGUACGAGGCUGAGAUCUCUCUUAAUGGGAGACUAGCCAAGACAACAUGUCAUGCAGUCAUUGUAAAAAUUGAAAAUACAGAGGAGAGAGAGAGAGAGAGAGAGAGAGAGAGAGAGAGAGAGAACUAAAUUACCAAACAUGUUCUCUAAGUGAAGCAUUAGUAUGCAUAGCUGUCUUUGUGAUGCCUCACUUCCUGUGACAGCAUCCCCAAUUGGUUGGCUAUUUUUAAUUUCAUACUAUAGACUUUUGUUGUGAGACUGAACUGGGAACAGUGGAUGCACUGGUGUUUGAUAUUUAUUGUAAUUCUGAAGGUCUCUUUAAUUAAUAUAUGGAAGUAUACUGUGUUGCUAAUCCUUGUAACUGCAUCCCCAGCAGUGCAUUGUGUGCACCAGCACUCUCACUUCAGCAUGCUGAUGCUCCACACUCACCCAUACUUGUGGUCUCAGACUACACUAGGAUAGAUCUUGUCAUCUAAGAAUUUUUUGAUAAUUGUAAUUUUGCAUUAGAGCUAUCAACUUGAAUAGCUUCACUCGCUGUUCUUUUACACUCAAAGCAGUUUAGUGACUUCCUUCCUUUUGUUUAUUUUAGUCAAUGGGAAGUAUUCUAACACUAGUCUUUGGAAAUUAAUUUUAGAAUAUUGUCUGCUUAUUUCGUUGUUGUGUAAACUUACUAUGAAAUAAUACUGAAGAUAACUUUACCUCAGUGGCAGCAGUGUGUGCCACACUCCUGUGAUGGAGUGUGUACCCAGCAGGGACUGCCACACCUGCUGGCUCACUGGUCACACCUGCAGGCCAUGCUGGGUUACUUUCACAGUAACUUUCAUGCUUACUUGCUUGAGUGUCAUUAUUAUCUUGUUAUAAUGAACUUAGUUGCAAAACUGAUGCUUUCUAUGAAAGUAUCAAUUAUGUAAUUUCUGUUCAAAGUACAAGUUGUACUCUAUCAGCAAUUUGUCUAGCUGAGUACUUAAGUGAACCAUGAAAUUUGUGUUGCUGAAUGAAUUUAUUGAAAAUGUUUUUUGAUUAACUUAAGUUUUAUCAAGUUUGUAAAUUUCUAUUGAAAACUAUUGUAUAAAAUCAAAAGCAAGGCAAAAUAUGAGCAAGUUCAUUGCUUUUGUCUAAAUAACUUCUUUUAUAGAGUUGUUAAUGCCCACCUGAAAGGUAAUAAUGUCAGUGUAUUUUAAGAGUUACUGAUUCCUUUUUUAAGAGUAACAGUGGUCAAGUGUAUUUUUAUGUCGCAACUCCAGAAACUCCUCUAAGCUGGGUGCUGGUGAAUCUGCCCAGCAGAGUGAGGGAUUUGGCUUGCACAGGUACAAGUCAGGUACAACACCCCUUCAUUGUUGAUUUGUUACACACUUCUCACUUCUAUAACUUUGAUUGUUGUGAUUUUACAGUAUUAAUGUUUUCAGGUUGUUUAUAGUAUUUUGUCAGUGAACAAUGAUGUAGAACUUCUAUGAGUAGUACUUUGUGCUGUGGGAACUGGACUGCAUAAACAUAGGCAGAGAAGUCUUCCUUAACUGUGCUUAAAACAUACGAGUUCAAAUUUUCUCUAGUCAUAAGAAUAUAUUCAGUGUAUUACUAAAAUCAAUUUAUUAGUAUUUUCCACUGGUGUUGAUGCAAACCUUUAGUUGGAAAAAUAAGUAUUUUGUGUUCACUUUUUAAGUACCAUGAGAAAUUAAGCUAAUCUGUUAUUUGUAUAGUGACUAAGAUCAUGAAAUCAGAAGUAAGUUUUGUCCAUGUUUUUUGCACCAGACCAGUUUGUACAGCAAUAUACCUCUUUUUUUCAAAUUGCUACAUCCAGCACUGCAGCUAUUGUAGUACACUAUCAGGUUUGAUGCAUUUGCUGUUGCAGCAGUGCAUUAGAACAUUGUCAGGUAUCCUCAGUGAUGCGCAGGAAGGUUGCUUUUGAUGAACACUUCCAGUCCUUACAGUCAGUAAAUUGCAGUGUUAUAACUUUCCUUAACUCGUUUUUACCAUUCACAUCUUGAAACUAAUAAUCAUGAAAGGUUGGAAUCACUCCCCUGAUGCAAUGUGAGUAUCAUAAGACACUGUUCAGCAUUGGACUUAAUUGAAGAGACACUGCUGGUUGAAAGUGAAACCCAUUGAAUAACAUGACAAUAACAAUAUUGCAGAUCAAAGAGUACUGGAACAGAGUAUAUGCUAACAAACUUCUUUGGGUGACUUCCAAUUCAUGCUGAAAUCACACUUAUUCAUUGCAUAUCAGACCACACAUUGAAAUGGUAGAGAGAAUUCAUGCAUACCUCAAAUUUGCUACUCAAGACCAGCAGUGAGUGACAUAACUGACCGCACUUACUCAACCUACAGUAAGGAUGCUGGACAUUAUCUAAUGUAUUCAGUUACUUUACAUUUACACUCAAAUUCCUACACAUCAGGCCUAAACUGUAGUUCUGUAAGUGUUUAGAAAAGGUAUUACAUACUAGUUCCCUGCAAAAUAGCCCAUGUUACACAGUACAUAUAGUUUAAUCUCAGUGGAAUGAUAGAUACUGUAAUUUCAUUGUUGUUGUUUAUCCGCUGUUUUUGAAGCACCAAGUCCCUCACUCGGCCAGACCACCCACCAGCUAGUUUGACAAUCCAUGUCCCACCACCACCUGGCAGAUGAUACAACCACAGGGAAGGGAGCAGUGCACCACCUCAGUAUGCAAGUUUUUAUGCCUUAUCUUCAUAGUGUAAUGCACUGUGUUUAGUGAUUUUAAAAAAUUCAUUAUGUAGUUGGUAAUAUUACAGUGAGCAGCAAGAAACUUGUGUGGUGCUGCCUCCCUCACCCCUGGUGGUCAUCUCCAUCAUGUCCAUAGACCAAAGUUGUUUACACUUGUACAGUCAGUUUGCAUUGCCAAGUUUUCUUUCCUUCAUUCUUCAGAUGUCAUGUUUGGCUGUAUUUUUGAUGUCUCAAAAAUUGUGUACAGUAAUUCAAUGGAUGUAUGUCACAAACAAAUGAUGCAUAAUUAGGUUUAGUGGUAAAACAAGGACUUCUAUGAUAAAUGUGUUCAGUUUUGCAAUAAAAUUGAUGUAAAUGGUAAUAUUAAAUAUUUCAGCAUUACAGAAAACAAAAAUAUUACAUUUCAUAAAUAGUUAGCACGUUUUACCUUUGUUUUAGAACUUUGUAAGUGUUGGCACCACUGUCCGCUGACGGACAGUGGUGCCAAGCAGUGUAGCUGUCUUCUGUAGACAUGGUAGAAGUCUCUGUAGAUGUCUCAUUCUUUUUGUAAUUUCAUUAUUUUGGUAUUGUGAAUUUUUUCUAUUUUGCAUUUGCUCUUAAUAAAAAAAAUGGUUGACCA